UUCGCCACCGUCAGACGUGGUGGCGUGUUCGACAUUUGUCUUUCGAACUACGACUUUCGAAUUUCGCAACAUGCUCGCGAGUGACCGCUAUUAUAUUACCGUUCGUUAAAGUGUACGUGACAAAGUUCUAAGGGUUGAUUUCAGGAUACUGGAUUUCUUGUGUUGUGACUGAGGAUUAUUUAUUUUUAAAGCUUUCGAUUGCUACGUCUUUCAAAGGGGCAAUAUGAGUUCGUAUAUAUCAGGGGCGAUGGAGUUGAAAACGUCGCGAUGCAUCGAGUCGGAGUGUUAAGUGAAGUGUGCGCAUGAGUAUCAGACAUGUCGGGGAAAACAGGACUGCUCGCUGUGCUAUGGAUUGCCACCUUUCCGCUCUACCGAGCUGAUAACCUUGAGCUCCUGCUGGGCACUCUUCGAACGCACCAGAAAGCUGCUUGUGAUGAAGAGAUGGUGACCCUCAUAUGCCCCAGAGGAACUACCAUCAGCAUCCAAGUGGCACAGUACGGGGCGUCUGUGACCCCAGGAUCAUGUGCCUCAGAACUUGCGGAGUACCAGCCGGUUGCGGUUGAGGUGGUUGGAGAAACCUCGUGCAUUUGGCCUAGUGCUUUGCAAUACUCAUUACUUCAGACUGUGGUGGAGGCUUGUCAGAAGAAGCGGCAAUGCAAGUUCCACACGAGCCCUAAAGCCUUCGGAGUGGACCCCUGUCCUGGUUCCAGGAGGUUCGUCGAAGUUGCCUACAAAUGCCGUCCUUAUGAGUUCAGAAGUAAGGUGGGGUGUGAGAACGACGUGCUCCACCUUAGCUGCAACCCUCACUCCAGGGUUGCCAUCUACUCAGCCCAGUAUGGCAGGACCGAGUACGACUCCAUUCAAUGCCCACAGCCUAGAGGAAUGAAGGAAGAGACCUGCUUGGAGCCGUACGCGACAGAGACAGCAAUGCGGGAGUGUCACGGGAAGCGACGCUGCGUGCUGGCAGCAGACCAUAACAUGUUCGGCAGACCCUGCAGAACUGGGAGUCGAACUUACCUGAAGGUGGUUUAUACUUGCGUCCCUCGGACGGUCCUCAAAGAGAGGUACGAGAGUGCCCCAGAAGAGGACGAGGUUGCUCACGACGUGUCGGAUCUUGAACACGACGAUGUCGAUGAGUCGAGUGAUCGGUGGUGGGGGGAAUCGGCCGUGCCACCAGCUCCAGCAGUAGCUGCGGUUCCACCUCAGAGGCCUUCGAUGUCCACCAGCAUUAACGCCACCAACAGGGAUGAGCCUUCAGCUUCACCACCAAGACAACAGGCUCCUAAAGAAGAUGAUUUCAACAUCAUGUACGUGUACAUCAUCGCUGCAGUAGCCGUGGCCAUUAUCCUGUGCAUUCUUGUCGGGAUAAUCCGAUGCGUCAUGCAUAAACAGAGUACAGCCCAGCCCAAAGGCCCGGACGUCUCCGCCACCACCGAGAUCCCUAAUGGCUUUAACGACAGCAUAUCAGAAGUCGACAACGACAUCAACAUCACUAGCCUCUCAGGGCCAGUGGAUACCGUCGACUCUAGCCUCAAGCCUGAAGUCCAAUUCACCAACGUUGCAUUAAGCCCCAAAAUCAACAGAUACGUUGGGCGGCCCGUCCCGAACACCUACCCUCAUGUUAGCACAAACAUGUACGGACAAGUGGCAGAAUUCCCAAUAGAGAUGCCCCUGCGAACUAUGCCCCACGGCACGCUCGGCCGCGGUGUUGCGGUCAAAACCCUCCCACGUGUCCAUGUGCCCGAAUCAGACCCAAACACCCGGAGUUUAUAUCGAUAUUCAAACACCCAAUACUACUUUGGGUGACAACAGGAUAACACUCAGUGUUCAGAUGUAUCCAGGACUUACUGUUUCUAGUUAAAUGACGUUUUGUAGUGAAGUGUAAAUAGCCGACAUAGUGGAAAAGUUUGUAAUGACCUACUUUUAAAUACGGAAACUGUGAUAUUAAUUGAAACUUUCCUAUUGUACUGCUGAAGUUUUCGAACUUGUAGACGAGUGAAUGCAUUGUGUAGUGUUUUGUUGCUAUGUUGGCAAAUGUGUUUCUUUGUAAGUCAAACUUUUCACCUUUAUGACGAUCGAUUUGUAAGUUUUAAUUUACUUCAAACUGUACCUUGAGUAAGUUUAAAAUCAAAUUACCUAUAUAAUAUAAUUACUUCAGUCGUUUGAAGCGUCUGUUUGUCACAUCCAGAAAUAAUUAAUGAGAUUUAGUCGCAUGCUUUGAAACUUCGAACAACGUAGUGGGUAUAUAAACUUGUGUUCAAGCAGACUAGAUACCUUUAUUAAAUGUUCCCAAUUCCGGGUUCGGCGAUAUUAGCAAACAUGAAUAAAGCUGCUUUAUUGGUUUGUAUUCUAACUAGAUACAAUGUGACUGUGUUAAAUUCUCUUUAUAAUCUUGUUUGUUAUAAUCGUAUCGUCGAGAUAAUGGUAGGCAUACCAUUAUCUCGACGAUAGAACAGGCAUGUUAUUUGCAGACAACACAUACUCGUAUUGUUCGUUUUAUCGAAUCUAUGGAACCCGAUGAAACGGAUGCAGAUGUAAAGUACCAUUAAUUUUAUUUUUUUGCUGUUUGAUUCAGGUAUUCAGGUAGUCAUUUUAUAUAAUUUAAUUUUACAAAAUUCAAACGAAACUUUUAUUUCAAAAGCGUUAUGCUCUAAUGAAAAUAUUAUCUUGUAAUGAGUGAAGUCAAUCCGAGACGUCUGAUGGUAAAUGAUUUGAAAGAAUUAAGAGUAAGGUAUCUUAGAUGUUAUUCCUAUUAUAUUUAAAGGGUUUUUGCUUCAAAUAUUUCUGGCUGUUUGUUGUCCAGAGUCGUCUCCGAGGACUUCCUUUAUAUCGCGGUAAGCAGUCAACAGUUCGGUUCUGAAAAGAUUUGUCCGGCCAAGUAAUUAAUGCUAUUUGCCGAAAUAUACAAUAGGUCACGUCAAAAAAAAGUUUCUGAAAAGUACCCUAACUCAGUACCUAUCGCGGUUUCAAUUUCAACUUUCAAUCUCAAUCUGCAAAUUUUCUAUCAAUUAGUUUCAACAGUUUAAGCGUGGGAAGUUAAGAGAGUUCCUUUCGCAUUUGAAAUAUCAGUAUGGAUAACAUGUCUGCGUUAAAUAUAAAAAUAUGGCAAAGGUUUUUAAAACCUCUUCGAUAAAUAAACCAAAUCUCUUUGUUCCACAUUAUAAUAUAGUGUCUGUUUUGUUAUCUGUGUUACUAUAAAUCUUAUAUGUAUAUAAAUACGUUGCCACAUAAGAAACCUAUAAGAUUAUAAAGUACUUAUCGAUAUUGUUACCUAACCUCAAAAAUGUAAUUCCUAUGUCCGAAUAUAUGUUGAAAAUUGUAUUUAAUAUAAUAAUUACAUAUAUAAUAAUAUACAUGUAUGUCUACAAGUUUGAAAACAAACUAUAAAAGUUGAGAGAACGAUAAUAUUAUGUUGUGAAAAUAAUUUAUGAGUUGUUUGAAUAUACCUAGUGUUAUAGUUUUUAAUUGAGUUUAUAAUUAUAACCAUCACAUAACGGGAACAUUGUUGGCUUCAUUUUGCCAUUGGCCGGAUUAAAUGCACCUAACAAUGUUAUUUCGGAAUAUAGCAACACCAGUAUUUUCAUAUUUUGUACGUGGAAUUUAAUAUGAAACGGAAUUAAUUUUUAAGGGUUAACCGCAUUGACGUGGGACGUGGUAUGGCAUUAUGGCAUCUCAUAACCGUGCAACAUAGGGUUAUGUGGAUACCGGUAAAAAUAUUUUACCACAUGGGUUAUACUAAAGGUUCCGGGUUCAAUUUUCGGCUGGGGUAUCUUAUAUACAUAAACAACUUAAUAAUCCCCUACUUUGAUUCAACAAUCUGUGUAGCGCUAAACAACUCAUUUCAUCAUCGGUUUCUUUGUCAUAACCGAGUUUGUCUUUACAUCCAAAACUAAGUCACUCCCCGGACACUCCAUACAAAAAUUUCAUUAUUAUCAUGCAAGCAAAACGGACAGCUCGCGCUAAUACCCCUUAUUUACGGAAAUUUAGACUAAAGUGUGACCUAGAGGGGGUGAGGUAAUAAUAAAUAUACCUCGGCGCCCGGAACGAAAUGGUGCGGGGCUACCGUUCGUUGGUUCUAUACGCUGUGUUAUUCUUUAUUCUAUGACCGUGUUCUAAAUGUCUGUAGAAUAAGAAUAAAAUAAAUGUAUUUUACAGUUUACGUUUUUCUUUAAAAACGAAGUAAUUUUGAAUAUUACGAAAGGAAAAGGCUCAGCUUGUGCUGUGAUGGAGUCGUGCUAUGGCUCCAUCCAGAAAUCAUUUAAUGCUUGUAUAAAGUCGUGAACCGAUCCUUUUAAAAUUCAAACCCCAUUGUUUAAUCGUUGUCUGGAAAUCUGGACCGCAAGGGGUUAAAACAAAUAUUUGAGAUAUAUUCCUCGUAGCGCAACCAGCAGUUGCGCACCCGCGCAUUGCGCACUUAGCCUAAUCCUCGUAGCGCACCUAGAAAAUUCUAAUAUUUUUUUUAGCAGGUGCGCUACGAGGAACGAAUUUUAUUAUAAUAUUUUAUUCCUCGUUGAGCACCUAUGACGUAUGAAACCUAGUGCGAUAACUUUCAAUAAAAUACACCGCACUACACAACGAGGAAUAGGCUGGGUGCACAACGACUGGGUGCGCGACGAGGAAUACAUCAUAUUUGAAGCAGGAAUAUAUUAUAUUGUUUUGGUACUAGACAGAGAAUAUGAGGGGUAUGAUUCAGACCGUGAUUCUGAGUUGAUAUUAAGUGGAAUUUCCUGUCGGAAAAUUCAUGAAAAUUUUAAUGUUUUCUGAAAUUAUUUUCCGUUCCAUACUUUUGCGACGGAAAAUACCACUUGAUAUCAACUCAGAAUCAUGGCUUGAAUUAUCUCUCAAAGUUUUCGUUCUGAUGUCACUAACACCCUGUAUAUACCCUUAAUGAGCGUGGGAGUUUAUCUUAGUGGGCGGGCAUAUAAUUAAAGAGAACAUUAUUAAAUUACUUGCACGUGCAAUUAGUCAACAAAUAACUCAUAAUUCCCAUAUAAUAAAGUCCUGUUUGUGACAAACCGCUACAUCCAAAAUAAAGCCAAUGAAAUUCCUAAAAUACUAGACCAUAAUACGGCAUUUAAAGGUACUUCUAGGUACAACUAUGUUCUAGUAGUAGGUACCUAUUAAAAGACUGGUCGGUUCAAUAACAUGAAACCGAACUAGUGGUCGGGUUUCCAUACAAAACGACUGACUACGCCUACCCAAAUGUAUAGUAAAAUGAAGUAAACUAUUAUGUAUGUUGUACAG